UUCGUACGCUAUGAUUAUUUUACAUUUUUAUCGCAGUGAAUUCUGACGAUGCGGUAAUGACUUUGAUAUCUCGUCUGUGGUGAUAUGACAUUGUGAUGUAUUUUUUGCCUCAUGGAACAAUUGUGAUCCAGUUUCUCAUUUUCUAACGAAUAAUAAUAGCGCUAUAAGAAAAACAGUUGUGAUCCAGUUCCUCAUUUUCUAACGAAUAAUAAUAGUGCUAAUAAGAAAUAGCGAGAAUAGGAAAUGUGAGAUUGGAUAAGAUCAAAAGAAGUUGUUAAUGCGUGCAGUUUCCAUUGCAAAUUAGUAGCAGAAUUCUAUCAAUAGCCAUUGCCAUAUCGAUAGCGUGUACUGUCGAUAGUACAUUAUUUAUUUCCAUUUGUAAUACUGGACACGAGCAGUCACGUGUUGUGCAGUCACGUGGUGAUUACUGUGUCCUGAGAGUUCCGAAUACAAAGUUUAUACAAAUUUACAAAAUGGCAUCUACGUCGCAAAGUGAAUUUGAAAGUCAAAAAGUUUUAGGAGAUAAUACAGAGGAUCUAUAUGGCAUUCGAGAUGGUGUAUUAUUUGUAAUUGAUUCAACUCCUGCGAUGUUCGAAAUAGACCCGCAGGAGCAGAUUCCUUAUUUCUUACAAUGCAUACGGCGAUACAAGGAGAUCCUUAUGCAGAAAUUGGUAUGGAACAAUCAAGAUUGGAUGGGUUUAAUACUGUUUGGAACUACGAAAGGGGAUGAAAAUUCCGAAAUGAAGAACAUAUUGACUCUGCAGAAACUCAAUCUUGUUUCGAUAGGAGCAUUGAAGCAAAUAGUAGAGAUAGAUGAAGGAAACGGAUGGAAAAGGUACAGGGACAGUGCCUCCACUACUGCUUACCCACUGCACGAUGUAUUAUGGCACGCGUCAAGAAUUUAUUGCGCUGUUAGAGUAACCAUGCCGGCAAGGAGAGUAAUUCUCUUUACGUGUACGGAUAAUCCACCGUUGACCAACGACGAUGAAAAACGUAGAAUAGUUGUAGAAGCAAAAAGUUACGGCGAUAUAGGACUUCAUUUACAUGUUGUUGGAUUGGGUGAAAAUUGGGAUCACAAUGUUUUCUACAGAGAUUUAGAAAUAUUGUCUGAGAAAAUUGAUAGCGAAGAUUAUAAGAGACCAUCCAUAAACGAUCUAUUGCAACAAAUCAAAUUACCAUCCAGAACAAUGGCAAAGUUACCGUGGAGAAUCGGAGGUAACGUGGUUCUAGAUGUAAAUGUAACCAACCUUAACGUUAAACGACAAUACUUGAAGAAAACAUGGAUAUCUAAAGAAACGAAUGUUCCAUUAAUCGCGCGUAGAUUUAGGAUGACCGAAGAGAGUGACGACGAAGACGGCGAACCUAAGAAAUUGAACUAUGUUUUAGAUACGGAUCUACGAAAGUAUAAAGUAUUCGGUGGUAAAAAGAUAUAUUUUACUAUACCCGAAAAGAUGUAUUUAGGCAAUUUUUAUCAAUCUGGCAUUGAUUUGAUUUGUCUUAAACCUAUCUUUUAUCACCCUCUAUAUCAUUGUAGAUCACCGUAUUUAGUUACACCUGGUAAAAGUAAUCGUAAAGAUAAUACAUUAUUAUUUGCUGCAUUGCUUGAAAAAUGUAAUUCAAGAAAUUUAAUGGCAAUAUGUGCAGUUACAAUGAGAAAACAUUCUUCUCCAAUUUUAUACAGUAUGAUACCAAAAGCAGAGAGUGGAGGAUUUUAUUUAUACAAAAUACCGUACAAGGAACGUAUUCGAAAUCUUGAAAAGAUGUGUUCAAAGUACAUGUACAACGAUGAUGAAAAUAAAAUUCCAACUGAACCAGAAGAAGUUCAACUAUUAAGAAAGAUAAUAAGAAAAUUAAGGGCUCAAUAUAAUCCAUCACUGAUUCCUAAUCCUAAACUUCAAACUCAACUUCAAAUGGUGGAGACUUUAGCCUUAGAUUUGGAAGAAUCAAAGCCUCCAAUUGAUGAGACUAUGCCAAUAAUUAACCAAGUUGCUUAUCGAAUAAAGGAUUUGACAAUUCAAUUUAAAGAGUUAUUUAAGAUUGAGGAAGGUCCGCCAAAAAAGAAACCAAAAACAGAUGUCGACCCGAAUGCAUACGAUGAAGAAUCAAUUCGGAAGUUUGUAAAAACAAAAAAGUUAAGCAAUUUUACCGUACCAGAAUUGAAAGCAAUGUCGAAGAAAUUAGGUUUAAAAACCUCUGGUAAGAAAGGCGAUUUAAUCGAGGGAAUUAAAAGUAAAAUAAAAUCCAAAGAAUAUUAACAAUCUGUUAAAAUUAAUAUUUGUUCUCAACAUUUAGCGGCACUAUUUUUAUACUUUACCUGGCUACGUUGCACAUUAUGAAGAAAACUGUACAAAUUGUAUUACUUAUUUCUAACAAUAAAUAAAGUUUUGUCCAUUGUGUGUAUACAUACAAUGAAUACAGAAAAU